UCCGCAGGAUGCCUUCCCCCCAGCCCGGCUCCGGCCCCGGCUCCGGCUCCCACAUCAUCCAGUUCACCAACUGCAGGAUCCUGCGGGACCACGCGUUGCUCAGGGAGGACCUGUGGGUGCGGGAUGGCCGGAUCCUGGAUCCCGAGAAGCUCUUCUUCGAGGAGAAGGCCUCGGCCGACCGGCGGCUCGAUUGUGAGGGCGGCAUCCUGGCCCCCGGAUUCAUCGAUGUGCAGAUCAAUGGUGGCUUUGGGGUGGACUUCUCUCUGGCCAGUGAAGAUGUGGGGUCAGGGGUUGCCUUGGUUGCCCACAAGAUCCUGUCCCAUGGGGUCACUUCCUUCUGCCCGACCCUGGUCUCUUCUCCACCAGAAGUUUACCACAAGGUGCUUCCUCAGAUCCAGGUGAGACGCGGCGGCCCCCACGGGGCAGGGGUCCUUGGAGUGCACCUGGAAGGGCCAUUCAUCAGCCGGGAAAAGCGAGGCGCGCACCCCGAGUCCUGCCUCCGCUCCUUCACCCAUGGGGCCCUUCAGGAUGUGCUGGCCACCUAUGGAAACCUGGAUUCGGUCCGCAUCAUCACCCUGGCCCCCGAGCUCGACCGCAGCGGAGAGGUCAUCCGGGCACUGACCACCCGUGGAAUCUGCGUCUCCCUUGGUCACUCUGUGGCAAACCUGCGUGAGGCAGAGGAGGCUGUGCUGCAGGGAGCUUCUUUCAUCACCCACCUCUUCAACGCCAUGCUGCCCUUCCACCACCGAGACCCCGGCAUCGUGGGGCUGCUGACAAGUGAGCGGAUCCCAGCCGGGAGGCAGGUGUUCUACGGCAUGAUUGCAGAUGGAGUCCACACCAACCCCGCAGCCCUGCGCAUCGCACACCGUGCUGACCCCCGGGGGUUGGUGUUGGUGACAGAUGCCAUCCAGGCCAUGGGUCUGGGCAAUGGACGCCACACGCUGGGCCAGCAAGUGGUUGAAGUGGAUGGACUGACCGCCUUUGUGGCUGGCACGAAGACAUUGAGCGGCAGCGUGGCCACCAUGGAUGCCUGCGUGCGCCAUUUCCGGGAGGCCUCAGGUUGCAGUGUGGAGAUGGCGCUCGAGGCUGCAUCUCUGCACCCUGCCCAGCUGCUCGGCAUCGAGAAGCAAAAAGGGACCUUGGACUAUGGCGCCGAUGCAGAUUUCGUCAUGCUGGAUGACUCCCUGCACGUCCAAGCGACUUACAUUGCCGGGGAACUGGUCUGGAGAGCUGGUGAAUCUGCUCGGUGAUGCUGCUGUAGAGAAAGUCUCGCCCCCUGCCCCUCCUCCUGCCCCUCCACCCACACAUACACAUACUGGUGACUCCACACCCGCCACAGGAUCGGGGGUGAUGAGAGGACACGCUGAGUGGCCGGACCACUCCCCCGAAAUCACUGGCCUCCAUUGCACAGGUGCUGGGACCCGAUCCUCCUCUCUCAGAGGAUCAUGGGUUUAGAGGCUUCAGCCUAAACCACCCAUCCCUUCUGAUUGGUGUGAAUGGGUCUUCCUUCCCUUCUCAGAAACCCCUUAGGUGUCUGUCCAUCCUUCCUUCCCUAGUCUGUUCUCCAGUCCCAUCAAGCCCUCUGACCCCAGGACAGCUUGGAUGACGGGUUCCAAGCCGGACUGUUUUCCUAGUUGCCCGGGCCACUGGGAACCAGGAUUGGAAGUGGGAAACUGGAGCCAACGCCACCCCAGGACUGCUCGCCCAUCCCUGCCUCCUGCUCAGUGCCUCUGCCUCGUCCUGAACCACCCAAGGGCCAGACUCUUUUGGCCUCCAGCAGCAGGCUCCCAGCACCCCCACUGGGCAGGCAGUCUCCCGCUGUGGACCACCGGGACUGGGGCUGGAACCGGCCCUCAACUCGGGGAGGGAGAAGUGUCCACAUCCCAGAGGGCAGAUGGGAGGGCUGCCCUUCCCCCUCCGCCCAACUCCUUGUCACUGGGUUGGGGCUUGAGGGAUCUGCCUUCCCUCCAGCACCAGCUCAAAACUGGGCUCCAGGGACUGAGCCUGGGGCUGGGCCCCCUUUCUCCCUCUGCACCGUCCCUCCCCGUGCCCGGGUCUGACCCUCCAAUCAAACAAAUAAGAUGGGAAAAACCACAGUUUCGUGCUGGGGCACAUAUCUCCA